AUGAGCCAAAUUUCCGACUACGCACCGUAUCUGCCGCCAAAAACAUUUGUCCUCUGCUUCGACGGGACGGGAAAUAAGUUUUCGGGCACAGAAGCUGACUCCAAUGUCCUGAAAAUUUUCCGAAUGCUGGAUAGAAAUAACAGCCGCCAUUUCCAUUAUUAUCAGCCUGGGAUUGGCACCUAUGUUAGCACUGCAUCGCUCUCCAACACUGGUCUACUGUCUCGUAUCAAAGGGUCGUAUAUGAAGGCAAAGGACUCUGCCGUUGGUUCCUCAUUUGCUGAACAUGUAGUGGGUGGUUACCGAUUUCUUAUGCGAUACUAUUCCCCUGGCGACGAUAUAUAUUUUUUUGGUUUCAGCCGUGGAGCAUAUACAGCACGCUUCUUAGCUGAGAUGCUAGACUACGUGGGUUUACUUACCGCGGGAAACGAAGAAUUAGUGCGGUUUGCCUGGAAAACAUUUUCCAAGUGGCAGCAGAGAAGUGGCGAUAGCGAAGAGCACCGGAAGGAGAAACAGAAAUUGUUUCGGUACAUGAAAGCAUUUCGCGAGACCUUUAGCCGACCUGUUAAGCAGAUUCGAUUUCUGGGACUCUUCGAUACAGUGAACAGCGUUCCCACCUUCGAAUCCGCCUGGAUGCAAAGGAAUAAGUUUCCUUACACUGCAAGAAGUUCCGCAAAAGUCAUCCGGCAUGCCGUUGGGAUCGAUGAACGAAGAGCUAAAUUUCGGCAAGAUUUGAUUUCCGAAUGCCGACACUGCACUGUGAGCCACUAUUCAGCAGCCCAGAAAUACAGUCGUUGGAGACAUCGAAAGGAUAAGAAGAAUGGUGCCCGGAAGUUUGCGGGUAAUCAACCCAAUAACGGCACCCGAAACGGUGAGAAGAGCAAACGUAACAAUGGGGAUAAUGGAUGCUGUAAUAAGCAGAGACCACAGUCUCCCUCUCGAACGGAUAGCUAUGAAACUGAGGAUCGAUAUCGCCCGCCAGUAGACCAGAGAGCUUGGAAGGACCAUAAUGUGCAUCUAUCCACGCAUCGCCCUGGUGACCUAGAUUCUGAGAUUGCAUCCGCACGAAGUGGAAUCUCUCAAUUAUCGUUUCACCACGAUUACCAAACAGCGUUCGAGGACGGAGCCCAGGAUAUUCAGGAAGUGUGGUUCCCAGGUGGCCAUGCUGACAUUGGUGGGGGAUGGGACCUCAGACCUGGCGAAGCAUGGCCGCUAAGCCAUGCUCCAUUGGUUUGGAUGGUGCAAGAGGCGCAAAAAGCAGGCCUUCAAUUUGAUGAACGCAAGCUCCGGCAGUUUAGGUGUGAUGGCCCUUACAAAAGCCGCAACCAGAUCAUGGAGGUCGAGAAGCCUUCCGUGGUUGUGAGCGACGAAAACGGAGCACACCCUUGCAUCGAAGACAACGAUGAUGAUAGCCUAGAUAUGGCCCAGAGAAUAGCCGACGAACGAUUUCACACAGCACUUUACCUCUCAAGCACGCAAGGGCACCUCCAUGACUGCCUCUCGUUUGACGGGAGUUUAUCAGCAAUCUCGGUUCUAAUUUGGAAAGUGAUGGAGUAUCUUCCGUUCCGUCGAAUGGAUUUGCAACCCGAUGGGAGCUGGAAGCCGAUUCGGUGGCCGCUCCCUUGUGGCGAAGUCCGAGAUAUCCCGAAGGACGCUCAUAUCCAUGUGAGUGCUAUCCGUCGAAUGAAAGCGGAUAAGAACUAUCGGCCGGGGAACUUGAUUGUGGGAGGUGGCGGACGAGGAGUGAAACGGGCGCCGGAGCAUCUGGGCAUUGGAGAAUGGGUGAUUGUUGGAGACCAAGGGCAUGUGGUCCGGGAAAUUUAUGUCAGAAAAGACUCACGAGCGGCGGAGUAG